AAUAGUAGUAGUAGUAGUAGUAGUAGUAGUAGUAGUAGUAGUAGUAGUAGUAGUAGUAGUAGCAGCAGCGGCACCCACCACCAACGCACCACCAGCGAACAACCUAGCAGCAGCAGCAGCAGCAGCAGUAGAAGCAGCCCUAGCAGCGCUGUAGCUGUAG